CCCCGCCCUCGGCAAGAUGGCGGCGCCCAGGUUGGGUACGCCUGGUCUCCGGGUCCUGAGUGGGACGUCGCGUCCCGGGAGACCGUUCAUUCCCGGAUCCAAGCCGUUUUGUUCCAGCGCUUCUACCUCUAGGCCCCUGAAUGCUCAGAGAUUGGCGGAGAAGCUCCGAGCCCAGAAACAAGAGCAAAAGACGAAGAAAAUGCCGGGCUCUACAAACCUUGUUCAGCGGAGGGUGCAGGAACUCGUGCGAUUCACGCAGCAGCUACAGCGAGUUCACCCCAAUGUGCUUGCUAAGGAACUGAGCCGAGGGAUUCUCCACCAGGACAAGGACAUUGUGGUCAUUAAUAAACCCUAUGGUCUCCCUGUCCACGGUGGCCCUGGAGUCCAGCUCUGCAUCAGUGAUGUACUGCCCAUCCUGGCAAAGAUGCUUUGUGGCCACAAGGCAGAGCCUUUGCAUCUGUGCCACCGUCUGGACAAAGAAACCACGGGUGUAAUGGUGCUGGCUUGGGAGCAGGAUAUGGCACAUCAAGUCCAGGAGUUGUUUAGAGCCCGCCAGGUGGAGAAAAAGUACUGGGCCAUCACUGUGCGUACCCCCUUGCCCUCGGCAGGAAUCAUAGAUAUCCCGAUUGUGGAGAAGAAAGUGCAAGGCCAGCAGCUACACCACAAGAUGACACUGGCCCCGAGUUACCGUAUGGACAAUGGAAAAAUGGUAAAGGUGCGGGCUAACCGGGACGCCCAUGUUGCUGUCACUCAGUACCAGGUGCUCUGCAGCAACCCCUCUUCCGCCCUCGUGGAGCUGCAGCCUGUUACUGGAAUAAAACAUCAGCUUCGGGUUCACCUGUCUUUUGGGUUGGAUUGCCCGAUCCUUGGUGAUCAUAAGUACUCAGACUGGAAUAGGUUGGUCCCUCAGAAGCUUUCUGCUGGCACACUGAAGAAGCUGGGACUGCAGCAGACAAAGGCCCGCUACAUCCCCCUUCACCUGCAUGCCAGGCAGCUCAUCCUGCCUGCUCUGGGAGCCAGAAGAGAGGAACUCCUCCUGGCCUGCAAGCUUCCUCACUUCUUUGCGAGUUCUCUGCGUCGUCUGGGUUUAGACAUGCCAAAUCAGGAUCAAAGCAGAGGCAGUGAGGCCAGGCGUGUAGAAGCAAAGUGAAGACUAUUGGCCAGGCUGGCCCCAGAGCUCUGCUGUAUUUCAUGGAUUCUGUGAUCUUCUCACUUGGAAGAGACUACAGAACCACCACCUGGCUAAGUUGAAGGAACUUGGCCACUUCAGGACUUUUAAUGGAGAAUGAAGUCGUAUUUACUGUCAGUUUGGCUGUGAUGUGGAAAAGCCUACUGAAAGUCUCUCCUUGAUAGGUCUCUUCGCCAAGAUGGAAGAGAGCCUAGGACCAGACAAAGUAAAGGAGAACCACAGGCUGGAAUCUGUGGCCAGGAACUGUCUUCAUCCAACAGGAAGAAAAGCUUCUGAGCAGUCAGGAGUGCUCCCUUAGAAAGAAUGGCUUGGAUAAAUGUGUAUCAUGGGACCCAGGGAUUUUGUCAACUAGAACAUGGGUGCCGUACUGCCUUCGCAUGAACCUGGGAGAGGGUUGUUCACCUGAGACAAAUGAUGGGCAGCUAACCUAAGAGAGUGAAGUUGGUAGGGUGGAAGGUAGUGGCUGGGUCAACAGACCAAGCACACAACAAACUGUCUAACAGCUCCAGCUGAUUGUUGCCCUCUGGGCAAAUUUUCCAUUUUCUUUUAGAGAACCAGGAAAAUCCAGAUAUUUCUGUGAAAUCUCCCAACCUGUUACCAACUAAAUAAAAACAUUCUAAUUUUUUUUGA